AUGCACCAACAGGCAAGGCCGCCGCCCAGGCUGUCUGCGUCGCCGGCGUCAUCCCCUCAGAUCGCCCAGAUCGCCCAGACUCGACCCAAUAACCCGAAAGACACCACACCGAGCAACCGUCAAAGCUCAGGAUCCAGCAUCUCGGGAAGAGAAGCCGUGGCGUCGCCGAUGAUGGACAAUCCUUCUUCGCUCGGUCCUCCAGCCGACUCAAUCAAGAAGCUGGAUCAAAUCGUUCAGAACUUCUUCAACAAGACUGCUGUUCUCAUAAUUGACUCACGAAUGAAAGCGAAGCCCACGCGGAGUGCCAAGGGCCAAAGAAAGACGAACAAAUGGUUCCAAAUAGAAACGGAUGAGCUAGACGACUUCAGAGACGACUUGAAGACAUGGAAGACGUGCGGCAGCUUGGACAACCAACCGCCUCCGCUGAUUGUGGAAACAUAUCUUGAUGCUUCGGGCUUGAAGGAGAGCCAAAGUCUUGUUAUUAUAGACGACGGUGGCAAGCGCUGGGAUGUAAUGGAACAACUCAACUCGUCGGGUCCGUCUUCGAGUGGCAGGUAUCACACUGCAACAACCUCGAGGACCUCAGAAGUCGUUCUGGAACGAUGGCGCAUUGAUUUGAAGACGGCGGGAAGCUAUCCUGUGGAUGACUUUGGUCCUAUUUUGCCAACCGUCUACAAAAAGGCCAUUGUCUUCUUUAGGUCACUUUUCAUCACCACCAAGCUUCUGCCUGCUUGGAAAUUCGCUAGUCAGGGUCCAUCCAAGCUCUCACAUCCAGCCCUCAUCCCUCGAUGUCGCCUCUCCACUUCAGAGCCUAGUCGGUUGGGCAUCGAUUCCUUGAAGCAACGAAUUGACGGCCGAAAGGAUCCAGUCACCGAAUAUGUGUUUGGGGACCUCGAGAUUCCGGUAGGCCGCCUUACCACAACGGUAACAUAUCGGAACGAUUGUAGCUUUCGAGUUGACGAUUCCGAAUCAUUACUGAGCUCCCGGUUUAUGGGCGUCGACGAAAAUUCUUUCCGACCCUCUGUGCCUCGGACGAUUACAGAUCGCCUCCACGGGCAAGCAGCCGAGGUUGGCUCGCUACGGGACAAUCGCAGAGGACCCAACUUGGCCGACAUGCACCAGACUUACGGUAGCUUGUCAACCUUCCAUGGUGAUGGUCCGCUAGGAACCAGCCCAUUGUCCGCCCUGCGGGCUGUGAAGUCUCCCCACUCGGAUACCAGCUCUUCUCCCGCUACUCUGCCCCCAGCAAGUGGUCCUGAUGUGGCACCAAGUUCUAUGCCUGUCUCUGGUCGCUUGCCCACGUCUCGAACGGCCAUCGGUCGAUCGGACAGCACUGGAAGGAGGACCUCUGUAUCCUUCCAGCCUUUCAAGGCCGGCUCAUUAUCUGGAUCCCCCAUACCGCGGCAGAUUGAGACGGGGUCACCUGCGUCCACGUAUUCACAAAGCCGGCCUGUCAGUCUGUCAAUCGGAUCGCAACCUCGCAACAGAAGUUCGUUGACGGCGGGGAUGGCGUCGUCUCUUCGCGGCGGGCCCCCGUCUGCUGCGGUUGAAUCGCCGACAAUGGGUUCACCGCGCCCUGCGUCCUCUGGGCGAUAUAGUAGCAGCUUCACUCAUCGACGAGGGCGUCUGUCGAUCGGCCGCGCUGGGGACGAAGAGCAAAGUAGUAGUGGUCGCCAAAGCCUCGCCUCGUCCGUGGCUCAGCCAGGCUCAGGCUUGCUGGCCGAGGCAGGCGGCACGAGCUCGGGAUCCCUGCACGUCGAAGAAGACGACAUAUCCGACUUCCUCAAGGCGUUGGACAGUCGAAAGACUCUCAAGAGCUUUGAACCGACGAACCGUGGCGACUCGGCCACGAACCGAACGGUUGCUCAACUGUCCAAGUUUCAUCUAAUGAAGGACUCGAACAAUGCGCUGGGCGAGUCAAUGACUUCGUCCAUGCAUAUGCAACGGUCGUCGAGUUCUUCCAGUCGCCAACUGGCUAGUGUUCCGGGCAUGGUGGCUCCCGCGUCCAUGUCCACCUCUUCAUCUCCAGGAAAGCCCCUGUCGCCGCACACGCCGCACACGCCGCACACACCGGCCAUCCCCUCGAGACUCAGCGAGAACUCCAUCAUACACUACGCAUCUACCGGGCGGACUACUUCCCGAGGGGUCCGUCGUCAAGCACCAACAGUCCCCGAAGCGAGCAGGCAAAGCACCAUUACGCAAGAAGGAACAACUGCCAUCGACAUCCCGUUGUCUCCGCGCAUCGGGUCGUACCAAAGGAGAUCUAGCUCUGCAGCACAGCAAGGCCGCGCAGUGGUUGAUGACGACGACACGGACUCGGCAUAUGCAGCACACAGGAGCAUCAGCCUGGGAGCUGACGACCGAGAUCCGCCCACAAUGAGCAUUCUACUGGGCCGUCAGAUGCGACUUGAAGGCGAAUCAGCACCACGCCGGGCCGUUGCGAGCGGUCUGCGACCUGCGGCAGAGAUUCAACCUUCUGAUGCGUCAACGUCUGAUGUUUUGCAGCGAGGAUCGAACGAAGACAAUCUACCGGACGGACUGAUUCCAUCAUCCGGACCUUCGGGUUCUAUCUUCCCCCGGCGCCGCUACACGGGUAUGGGAGCUGCUUCCAAAUCGACCCCUCCGCACUCAUCGCGAGGCAGCUUUACAGGGUCACUGGGCCGACUGGGUCGAGCCGAUGAUGAGUCGGUGGGAGAAGAACCUCUUGUAUUCGAUUUAUCGGAGAUGGACGCGCAAGGCAGGCGCAGCCUGGAGGAAGCGCGCGGAGGAGGGGUUGACGAAAACGCUGAGCGAGUCGCCUUUGAACCGAGAGGAACGAGCCGACGAGGAUGGUAG